AUGGCUCAUAGUGACCGACCAGCCGGCCUGAUUACCAACAAGGGCCUGGAGCUCCUGACAUUUGGCACGCCCAAUGGUAUAUUGUAUCUCUCUUCGCUCAUUAGUUCAUCUAAGGUUAUUUCCCUACUGACAUAUUUUGUAGGCCUGAAGAUUUCGAUACUGCUUGAGGAGCUGAAGGAAACAUAUGGCACAGAGUACACCUUCCAAAAUAUCGAUAUUUUCCAGAACGUCCAGAAGGACCCGUGGUUUACCAAGCUCGGACCAAAUGGGCGCAUUCCAGUCCUUAUCGACCACGACAACGGUGGAUACGCCAUCAUGGAAGGCGUAGCCAUUCUAAAUUACCUGACGCGGCACUACGACCCAGAGCACAAGUUUUGCUUCAAGGACCCGCUUGAUACCUGUACCGCCGAGCAGUGGAUGUCGUGGCAGCAUGGUAAUCUAGGCCCCAUGCAAGCCCAGGCUAACUUCUUCUAUCGCUUUCACCCCGAUCGCUAUGCCUUUUCGACCCAACGUUUUGUGGGUGAGACAGAGCGCCUCUAUGGUGUGCUCGAUACCCGACUUGCGGACCGUAACUACCUCGCUGGCCCAGGGGGCGGGAAGUACAGCUUAGCCGACAUCGCCAUUUGGCCUUUUAUUAACGCUUCUGCGGUUACCGGCAUUGAACUCGAAAACUUCCCUCAUGUGUACAAGUGGUGGAAUCGUAUUAGCGAGCGCCCAGCUGUGCAGAAGGGCAAUAUGGUACCAAGUGGGCAAGAAUUCCCGUAUGGGUUGAAGGUGCUCCAGCGACAGGCAAAGGAGGAUCCGCAGGGGAUGGAGGAGAGGGAAAGGCCGUUAAGGGAGGCCUUAGAGAAGGCGCAAAAGGAAUUUGGAUAUGUUUACCAGAGCCCUUGA